AUGUUAGGUUUAUGUCAAUGUAAAAAUAGUCCUCCAAUACUUAUAGAACAACCACAAGAUAUGAUUGCAGAAUUAGAUAAACCCAUGGCUAUACAUUGUCGAACAGAAUCAUCAUCAUUAGAUGAUCUUCAUAUAGAUUGGUAUAAAGAUGGUCGAUUAGUAACAACUGAUCCAAAUGCACGUAUUAUUACAGAAUUUAUGGCAUUACAUAUUAUUAAUACAAUGCCACAAGAUGCAGGUAUAUAUUAUUGUAUAGCAAAAAAUUCUUAUGGACAAACACAAAGUCGAAAAGCACGCAUACAAUUUUUAAAACUUGAUAAAGAAUUUCUUGUUUCACCAAUAUCAACAAGUGCUUCACUUGGUGAACGUAUUCGUUUAAGUUGUCAACCACCAUAUGGUUCACCAAAUCCAAUAGUCUAUUGGAUAAAAGAUGGAAAAAAUCUUUCAGUUCCACUCGAUCAUUAUGAUCUUAUAUUACCAUCAAUACAAAAAUCUGAUUUUGGUUCAUAUCGUUGUAUAGCAUCAAAUGGUCUUAUACGUCAAUCAUCUAUAGCUUAUUUAACUGAAUUUCAUCGACCAAAACUAACUAUACAACCAUCAUCAUCACGAAUUGAUUUACAUCGUGGACAAUCAAUUGAUUUACAAUGUCAUAUUAAUAAUGAUCAAUAUGAUAUUGAAUGGCAUUUUAAUAAUAAAAUAAUUCGAAAUAAUCAUAUACAUAUAUCAUCAAUUGAAUUUAAUCAAAGUGGUAUAUAUACAUGUAUUGGUCGUUUUGAAAAAUAUAAAUUUAGUGAACAAAUUUUACUUGCUGUAUAUGAUAAUGAAAUAUUAAAUAAUGAAGAAAUAUUUUUUAGUCAAACAAUUUUAACAGUUACUCUUGGACGAUUAGCAUUGAUUGAAUGUCAACUUCCAUUUCAUGUUGAAAAUAAAAUAUCAUGGAUAAUUGUUAAUCAUUCAGAAGUUAAUAAUAUAAAAUUUGAAUAUGAAGAUAAAAAUCAAUAUCGUUUAAAAAUAAAUCGUAUUAAAGAAUAUUAUCAUAAUAUUUUAUUUAAAUGUUAUUAUCAAAAUAAAAAUAUACGUAGUCAAGGUUUUAUUAAAUUAAAUGUUGAACAAAUUGAAUCACCACCAAUUAUUUCUUAUAUACCAAAUAAUCAAACAGUACCAAUUGGUGUUGAAGUUAUAUUUUCAUGUCAACCGAAAGAUGAUAUUAAUAUUCAAUGGUGGUUUAUACCUUAUAAUCGUCCGUAUAAAAUAAUUAAAAUUAGUGAUAAUAGUCAAAAAUAUCGAAUUGAAUCAAAUCAUGAUUUAAUUAUUCAACAUGCAGAAAAAAAUGAUGCUGGUUUAUACAAAUGUGUAUCAAUUAAUAAUAAUUAUGAUGAAACUAUAUGGCUUGGUCAUUUACAUGUUGAAGAUGCUCGUUCAAAUGCAAUAUUUCAUCGUGUUGAACGUAAAGAUCUUCCACAAGCACCAUCACAACCAAUAGCUAUAGAUAUAACUAGCAAUUCAAUAGAAUUAGUUUGGGAUAUGGAAUCAAUAGAUAUUCUUGAUUAUCUUAUAGAAUAUUAUGAUAUUAAUUCUGAUAGGAAUAAUCUUGAAUGGAAACGUAUUUUAACAAAAACAAAAAAUUCUCAACAAAUUAUAAAUAAUUUAAAAUCUGAUUCAAUUUAUCAAUUUAUGAUACGUGCAAGAAAUUCAUUUGGUUAUGGUCCAUCAUCUAUAUUAUCUGAUUUAAUUGAAACAAAAACUAAUCAACAAUUAAAUGAUGAUGAACUUAUCUAUUUAUAUGAUCCAAUUAAUAUUCAAGAAACAAGUAUAACAAUUAAAUGGAAUAUUUUACAAAAAAAUUCUUUAAUUAAUGAAAUUUUUAUUUAUAUAAUUAAUAAAAAAGAAACAAAUGAACGUAUUGAAACAAUAACAAAUUCUAUAACAACAUAUACAAUAAAUAAUCUUCAACCAAAUACAGAUUAUUCAAUUUAUUUAGUACCUAUGUUUGAUAUAAUAGGUCGUUCAAGUAAUACAAUAUCAUUUCGAACAUUAGAAAGUAUUCCAUCAUCAUCACCAACAAAUAUUAUUGUUCAAUUAAUAUCAACAACAACACUUUCUAUUCGAUGGAAUUCACCAUUAGAAAAUGAAACUAAUGGUCAAAUUAUUGCUUAUAAAGUUAAUUGUUUAGGUACAAAUGAAACAAAUUCCAUACGUUUAACAAAUAUAAGUUCAGAUGCAAAAGGAUUAUAUAUUAAAAAUCUUAUUGAAAAUAUGGAAUAUUGUAUAAGUAUUGCAGCACGUACACGUAUUGGUUAUGGUCCUUAUUCACAACCAAUAUGUAUAAUAAUGAAUGCUAAACUUUUACAAAUAAAUCAAAAUCAAUUAAAAUAUCGUUUACGUGAGGCUAUAUCUCAACCUUGGUUUUUACCAGUAAUUAUUUUAUCAAGCAUUAUAUUUAUAUGUGCUUGUGCUUAUGUUAUAUGGUUAUGUUUUCAUUAUAUAACUCAACAACAUCGACAUCGUAUAAAAUUUAAUAGUUCAGCAUCAUCAUCAUCAAACCAAUCUGUUGAAUUACCUGUUCAUAAAACAUUAAGUAAUGGAAAACGUUAUGAUUUAAUAAAAGAUACUUCAACACCAUUACCAUCAUCAUCAACAGCUUUAUGGAUGAAUUCAAUACCAAAUGGUAUUCGUCUUCAAUGUUGUUCAACAGCAUCAGCUAGUAGUAACAGUGAACAUUAUUCAAUGAGUAUACAUAAAAAUCCAAUUAAUGCACUUUUACAUGAAUGUCGACAACAACAACAACUUAAUCCAUAUGCAACAACAGGAAUAUUUCAACAAUCAACAUCCUCGGUUUCACCAAAUUAUUCAAAAACAGUUCAUUCACCACCAGCAUCACAUCAUCUGUUAUCCGAUUCACAACAACAGAUAACAUCAUCAGCAUCACCUACAGUACAAUAUCAACCACCAUGGCUUGAUCAUCAUCCAUCGUCAACAUUACAAUAUCAUUCACAAUCUCGUACAUCAUUUAAUCAAUAUCAUUGUAUACAUUGUACAUCUCAAUCUCAUCCUCAAACACCAUCAUCAAUACGUCCAACAAUACAAUCUCCUGCAUCUCAUCAUCAUCAAAAUAAUAGUCUAAUUAUAAAGAGUUCAAUUUUAAAUACAAAUGAUAUAAAUAAAACAACUAUGGAUAGUUUACAACAAAUAACAAUGAACAGUUCUCCAUUAGUAAAACAUACAUCAGAUUACAUUUCACAAGUUCAACCAUCGAAUCUAACGAUGAUUAAUUCAUUAGGUGACGAAACAAUGACAACAUCAUGGAUAAGUUCAAUGGAUGAUAAUAAUCAUGAAAAUGUUUCUUCAUCAUCAACUGAUAAAUAUAAACAUGAAAAAUCGAUUUCUAAACAGAAUCAUUCAAGUAGUGAAGGUUCAAUAUUUUCUGAUUCGGAUAUUCAACAACAAGACGAAACUAAUGGAUCAACAUUAAUUAAUUUUGAACGUGGACCAAGUUUUCUCAUACCAAAUGUAUAA